AUGCGGCACGAUGGGGUCGACGAUCCCUACAAUCAAGGCUACCGUUAUUAUCGCAAUCAUUAUUUAUGCCUAUGGGAGGUCACCGAAGAGGAGAUUGUCGGCCAUUACGUCUGGAACGAUUUUGAUGGAGAUCGUAGGUGGUAUGAGAAUAUAGUGCUGCCAGCUUUCAAAGCCCAUGAACAAAAGCGGUUGAUGUCAAUACGACUGCCCAAAAAUCCAACGACCGAGAAAAUCGCCGAGAUCGAACCAUCAUAUUACGAUGUUGUGGGCCCGGUGCACGAUUUCACCUCCUUUACUUUGGGGUACGAAAACGAUUUUGGUGCCCAGGACAACCUUGACUCCGAUCACGCCGACUCUGAUUAUGAAGACGAAUAUGACACGGAUGAUGAAAGUCGAAGAAUCCCACAUGGCAGACGAUUGUCUCAAAAGAAUCGAGUGCAUUUGGGAGUGAGGAAGGUGUGUCUCACUGCAUGUAGCUCUUGGGGAUAUCCUCCGUCAAUAUCUAAGGCCUGCCCACAACAAAUACUCGGGAAUUGCGACGAGAUUGGUGACCAUAGAUUGCGGCGGUCUUGGACGAUCAACUACUUCUUACACCUGGCUUUGUGA